AUGUUAUUUACAACUCCAAAACCGAGACCUCAGUACUCCCAUCCAAGUAUAAUUGGAUUAGAUUGCGAUCUAAAUGAAUCAAAAAUUGAAUACAAUAAUAAUAGUGAGUACUUUGGAGAGUUGGCAUGUAUGAUUGAAAACUCAAAUCUUGACACUCCUCAGAAUAAUAAUCAUAUUAACCAAUCAGGAGCUAAUAAGAACUGUACAAGACUUGAGCAGAAUAUUGCUAUGGGUAUGAAUAUAUUCUCGUCUCCUAAGUCACUUGGAUGUACAGUUUCUUCAACUAGAUCAACUGUAGCAUCUUAUACACCUAAUGUUGACGAAACUUCUCCUUCAUGUGUUUUACCAGCUCCUCCUAAUUCAGAUCCUUUUAUUUUGAAUGGAUUUGGGGUUGAUUCUAAUUCAGGAGAUAUAAAUAACGAUUUUAAUAUACCACUAUUGAAUUAUUUGAGUGAAGCUUUGACUAGUAACUCAUGGGAGUGCUUUCUACCUUCAUCUAAACUUACAGACUAUUGCCCUGAAGAUGUGAAUACAGUUACUGAAAAAUAUAGUGGAGAAAGCAAUCAUAAUAACAAUCUUAAUUCACUAACUAUGAUCAAAGCAAAGGAUCUUACUGAUAAAUUGGUAAUCGAUCUUGUUAAGGAGAACCAGUCUUUAAAUGUUAUAGAAGCUGCUACAGAAAUCCUCCAAUGUGCUUUAGCAAAUUUGGGUAUUAAGUACAAUAAGGACUCAUUAACUUCAGGCAACUGGAGUCCAAAUACUCUUGGUGUUGGAGGUCCAAAUUUUGCAGCUCCAACUAUGCUGGCACAUCCUGAUGAAUUUAAAAAUCCUUCGUCAUUUCUUAAGAUAUAUGGUGAUCCUUUAUGUGGCAAGACCCCUAGUAAUACUCACCAAACUCAAGUAUUAAAUCAAAAUAACUCGUCUACCUUUAGUGGAGUGAACCCUAUGAAGGGUCAAAAUGGUAAUUGGGCAUGUGUGAAGUGCAGUAAUGUCAACUUCCCAAGGCGCUUUAGAUGUUUUAAAUGUGGUGAAUACCGAGAUGAAACUGGAGAUCGCAUUGUAGCAGAUUAUGCUAAACAGGUAUAUCUCCAUCACUUAAAGGCAUACAGGUCUUUAAGUUACAGCAACAAUACUAAUGUGAGCUCUAAUGUAACUCAAGGAAGUACGAAUGGUACUAAUUUACCAACUACAAACUUAAACAAUACAGGGAAUAUUAACAAUAUUCCAAGUUGGGCACCUAACCAAGCUUUUCUAAAUGAAUACCAAACUCCCAUGUUACUUCAACGUUUUAAUAGUAGUCCUGCAAAUUCUUCUUGUAUGAGUGGUUGUAAUAAUUCUGGUACUACUAAUAAUAUUUCAAGACAAAAUAACUUGUUUUCUUGUAACUCUCACAAGAAGAAUGUCAAGCACUUCAUAAAAAGUAGUCAAAAUAAUCCAAAUGGAGUUGCUUCAUAA